CAAUUUGCCUAGCCUGCCCGAUGGCGCUUACUGGAUUUUUACCAAACGAGAGAUUUAAACGUACAGGACGCACGCGUCGUAUCCCAUUACCUUUAUUUCAAGAAGCAUUUUUCAGUCGUGAUAAUUAAGGUAAUAGAAAAAUUUUCGAUUCAACGCUUCGGCGAAUUGAACUGCCGGCGUCGAGUUACGCAAGGCGACGUGGUGACUGCUCCCGACGUUGCUGCGUAAAAUCCAGCCUCCUCAUAUUUGCGCUCUCGGGUUUCGUUGGUGAUGCACUAUCCAGUGCCUUCCCCCCAUACGAGGCAUGUCUUUUCUACACUACACCUCUCCUGCUUCGUCGCACCAAUUUACCGCGCCGUCGACCCUUCCCAGCUGAACAGGUUUGCCCGGCCCACCGCAGCCACUCGGCAGCUGUCCCCCAGCUCGGGAAGGCAGUCCCCGUCAUGACCUCCUCCUCCUCCUCCUCCUCCCGCGAUUCUGCUGAAAUUCACUAAAUGGGAUUCGUGGCUGGCCCGGGGUUUCCACAGCAACUGGCCAUCCGCUUCCAUUAUUUUUCUAAUGAGGACAGCCGUACGGAUCUAACACGGUUCCUCGCUGCGCGUCUCUGAUUUUUGGGCUAAAUCUCAAGACGCCUCAAAGGUCUGCACAUGGGGGCGGGCAAGAGCAAGCCCAAGGAGCCGGGCCAGCGCUCCAUGAGCCUGGAUGGUACCAUAGGCACAGGCUCAGAUAGCGGGCACUUCCACCACCUGGGACCUGCCCAGCAGACCCAAACCCCCAACAGGAGCCCUGCUGUCGGAACAGGCAGGCGGGGGCAUCAAGGGCAGCACCAGCACGCCCCAACAAAUACUCCUGAGCUGGCUCUCUUCGGAGGAGUGGACCACACGGGAACUGUCACGUCACCUCAGAGAGGACCUCUGUCGGGAGGCGUCACUACAUUUGUGGCAUUGUAUGAUUAUGAGUCACGAACAGCGUCUGACCUGACCUUUAGGAAAGGCGACCGGCUGCAGAUUGUCAACAACACGAAAAAGUACAGCUUCAGAGAGGGGGAUUGGUGGCUCGCUCGCUCCCUGACGACUGGAGAGAGCGGUUAUAUACCCAGCAACUAUGUGGCUCCGUCUGACUCCAUCCAAGCAGAAGAGUGGUAUUUUGGGAAGAUCACUCGACGUGACUCGGAGAGGCUCCUUCUCAAUCUUCAGAACAGACGAGGAACUUUCUUGGUGAGGGAGAGCGAGACCACUAAAGGGGCAUAUUGCCUGUCAGUGCUGGAUUAUGAUAACACCAAAGGCCUGAAUGUUAAACAUUACAAGAUCAGGAAGCUGGAUAGCGGAGGUUUCUACAUCACCUCCCGCACCCAGUUCACCAGCCUACAGCAGCUAGUCUUCCACUAUCGUAAGCACUCUGAUGGGCUGUGCCAUGCUCUAACAGAUGUUUGUCCAGUGACCAAACCUCAGACACAGGGACUGGCCAGGGAUGCCUGGGAGAUUCCCAGAGAGUCUCUCCGCCUCGACGUCAAACUGGGACAGGGCUGCUUUGGAGAAGUCUGGAUGGGUACGUGGAAUGGUACAACACGAGUAGCCAUUAAAACUUUAAAACCUGGCACCAUGUCUCCAGAGGCCUUUCUUCAAGAAGCGCAGGUGAUGAAGAAGCUGAGGCAUGAAAAGCUGGUCCAGCUGUACGCUGUUGUGUCUGAGGAGCCCAUCUAUAUUGUGACGGAGUAUAUGAGCCAAGGCAGCUUACUGGACUUUCUUAAAGGGGAUGCUGGAAAGAUGCUUCGACUGCCUCAGCUGGUAGACAUGGCCGCUCAGAUUGCAGCAGGCAUGGCAUAUGUGGAGAGGAUGAACUAUGUCCACAGAGACCUGCGUGCUGCAAACAUCCUUGUAGGAGACAGCCUCGUGUGCAAGGUGGCUGACUUCGGUCUGGCAAGACUCAUUGAAGACAAUGAGUACACUGCAAGACAGGGAGCCAAGUUCCCAAUCAAAUGGACGGCACCAGAGGCAGCUCUGUACGGUCGUUUCACCAUCAAGUCAGAUGUCUGGUCCUUUGGUGUGCUGCUCACAGAGCUGGCAACUAAAGGCAGAGUUCCCUAUCCAGGUAUGGUUAACCGUGAAGUGCUAGACCAGGUGGAGCGUGGCUACAGGAUGCCUUGUCCAGCAGAGUGCCCGAGCUCCUUGCAUGAGCUCAUGCUUUCCUGCUGGAGGAAGGAUCCAGAAGAGAGGCCUACAUUUGAGUACCUGCAGGGCUUCCUAGAGGACUACUUCACCUCCACAGAACCCCAGUAUCAGCCUGGGGAGAACCUAUAGAACCAUACACUGAACUGAACCUGGGGAGGGGGGUGGGGGCCUCAGCACAGAAUGAUCUGCACUAACCGACCUCAGAGGAGCGCCUAUUUAAGGAUCUGAGCCUGUGAAACUCACCUGUGAGGAACUUGAGAUUCAUCUGUGGAAGUAAAACCGAGAUAGAAACCUGCAGAAGUCCCCUCAUGUGCCAUAACGGAACUGCUACAGAAGAACCCGGAGAACCUCCUUUCUGCAAGCACUCACUGUUUACUUAAGUUCUCUUGCAGAAAAGAGGCUGAGCUGUACAAGGUGAACUCUUGCGGGACUGACUGUGGCUCUGAUUGAAUCAAGUGACUAAACUUGCGGGUAAAUGUUUUGGAGAGGUGCGACUGAUGUGGGAGGAACCAAAUCAGGAUCUAUAGACGGAGCGAAAGGGAAAAGAAUAAACCUCCUGUCGAAGAGAGAAGGUCAGGGGAGGAUAUUUCAAUCAGGCAUGAGCUGUUUAGUGAAACCUCCCUCUUUCCCUCUUUUGUCGUGUCUCUACACCUUCGUCUGGUACCUUUUCCGCCCACAGAAGAGCACUGCCACUGUGGCUCAGGUGCCAAAGGAAAGUCUGUCUCUAAUGUUCUUUAUCUCCUUUUUGCCUCUCUUCCUCUAUUUCUGUCUGACUUUGAGCAUUUCUCUCCAGUUUUCUCAAGUGCUGCUGCUUCAAAGUGUCUCCAAAUAACUCAGCUCUGGAACUCUACUUUGCAUCUUUGUUUACUUGGACAGUACUUGUCCUGUGGUUUAAGGUUUUGUUUUGUGGCAGACAAAAGUAUCUGAUUCCACUUUAUUAUAAUUUUUAUUUCUGUGAUUUUUUUUUUUUCUUUUCUUAAUUUUUUUUUCUCAAUAAGCAGGAUAUUGAAGUUGCUAUCAUGGUAGUAAAUGUACUCAACAGGCAGGUUCUGUAACACUGAAAUUAGGUAACUUAAAUUAACAAUUGAGGAUUCACUCUCUUGUUUAAUCAUCCUUUAGUCAUCACCCUGUCCUUUUUCUAGCUGUAUUUCCUGACAUAUAAUGAACAGCCUGCUGGAUCUGACCUCUGAUUAAAAAUGACUUCGAUGCAGGUCGUGUCUGAAUCUUUUUGUUUUGCUUGACUUGAUUUAACUGGAAAGUUGCAUUGAACUGAUGAGCACUGUUGCAGUGGCACUAAAGGCCACCUUCAGUAAAUCUCAGAAGCAUAAAUGGGGAUAAAGUUUCAUCAAAUGUUUGUGACCUACUAAGAGGCUGGUAAAUAUCCAAGUCAGAGUGGGGGAAAAGCCAGAGUGUAAAAGCCUCAUUAAGUCUGUGCCAAACAAAUCACAUUUCUUUACUGCUAUCCAUGUAUAUACUGUUUUAUUAUCAACGGGGCUUCCCUGGGUUUUUAGUUGUUCCAUACGCAACAAUUUUCUUAAAUUAAAACUCCCUAAAUCUCCAUACUAGUAUGUAAACACAACAGAUAACAGCUCACGAAGACAAAAGGUUUUUAUUAAUUUCACAUCUGUUGUCCCUAUGAAAUAUGCAACCAGGCAGCCCUAAUGAAACUGUAAAACUCUGAUCAGGUAACCCUAAUAAAACUGUGUUUAUGACUUAAAUAUAAGAGUUGAUUUUGAAGCCAGUUAGCAUGUUUUUUUGUGCCGUUCUUCUCUUGACCAUUGGCUGGGUUCGUAUUUAUGCUGUACUUUACAUCAACGUGUAUGUUUACUUCAGGUUCAGGACAGGCACGUCCUGAGAUCAUAUACAGAUGUGUGAAAAACGUGCCAUGAAAAAAAAAAAAAAACAUUUUUUUUUCCUCAUUUUUAAUGUACAUCUUAACCACUGCAGCCAGUUUUCACUGGCAUAUUGUACAUACUGUAGCUCUACCAUGUACGCCACUUUCAAAUGGCACGUUUAUGUUGGCUAUCACACAUUUCACAGUGAUUUGUUUCAUAAAGUAGCCAAUAGAACAGCAAGUGUAAAGUUGGAGGUUGUUGCCAACAAAAAGUACAAUGCCACUUAUCAAACUAGGAGACAUACAGCAAUAAAAGAUGGUAGUCUGCACCCAUGGACAUAGUGAAAUUAUUAUCCAGUGACAGUUAAUGAUUAUGACGAAUACUCUGAAACCCCAAUGAAAGGGAAGUUUGGGUUGUGAUGUGAUGUGAUGGUAUGACAUGACAUGACAAAUGAGGUCAAAGAUGUAAAUAUCCUAAAUGACUGUGACUAUCAUGUAAUUUGUUUUUGUAGUUUCUUUCAUUGCACCUCCAUGCUGAGGUUUUUACAGUGACACGCCUGCUCCCAAAAUAUUAAUCAGAUGCUACUGUGAAUGGAGUUUAAGGAAUGUUUCCUUUUUUUAGUCAUGUUCUGCUUGAAACCUCUAUCUGCAAAAGACAAUUCAGAAUUGGGCUUUUUUUAAUUUUAUAUAUAGAAAAAAUAUUUCCCAGAACUUUAGUGUUCCUCUUUUAGAAAGGGUAAAUCCCAGAUUGUUGUGACACACUGAACCGCCUGCAAAGCCACUGGGACAAUGUCACUGGGCACAUGACAAGUAUGAGUAACGCCAAGGUCUGAUUGGAUUUUCUGUGCCAUAUUUAAUAAAUGUCUCAGUCUUUUUUUUUUUUUUUUAUUACGUUUUUUUUUUUUUUUUUAUAAAUCUAUGCAGUUUCAGUCUGAAAUUCCUGCAACUUUAUGGCCAUUUUGUUCUAAAAACAAACUAUGAUCAUAAACAGAAGGUGUGAGCAUUUUGUAAGGACUUUUGUCUUUUUUUUUGUUUUGUUUUGUUCCAAUGUAACAGGAUUGAAAUAGGUAUUGUGCCACUUUAUGUUGA